AUGAAAUGUAACAUAACAUCAAGUAAAUUACAGUUUCCAUCAAACAGAACCGAAUACGACACAGGAAGUCAAUGUUCAACACUAUUUGAUUUUUAUUUUACAAAAGAGAACAAACAUUGCGCAAUGGAUUCCCAUGACUUUACAUACUGGGGUAGACGAAUGAUUGAUUUUAUAACACACUAUCUACAAAAUAUUCAUAAAUAUUCCGUCGUACCAAAUGUAGAACCGGGUUAUUUAAGACACCUAUUGCCAGAUCAACCACCUGAACAACCAGAACUGUGGGCUGAUAUAUUUGACGAUGUUGAAAAGUAUAUUUUACCUGGGCUAUGUCACUGGCAGCAUCCUCGAUUUCAUGCAUAUUUCCCUGCAGCCAAUUCAAUGCCAUCGAUCAUGGCUGAUAUGUUGUCCACAGCACUAGGUUGCAAUGGAUUUUCAUGGGCUGCAAGUCCUGCAAUUACUGAACUAGAAAUUUUAAUGUGUGACUGGAUUGGAAAACUUUUAGUUCUGCCAGAAAUGUUUUUGCACAGCAGUGGAAUUGGAGGUGGUGUAAUACAGUCUUCUGCAAGUGACUGUAUAUUAAUAUCAAUGUUGGCUGCUCGUCACCAAGCAGUUGAACGUUAUAAACAUCUUUUUGAGGAGACAAAUUUAUCAGAUUCGAAAAUUGCUGUCCUAUCACGACUUGUAGCCUACACUUCGAAAUUAGCCCAUUCAGCUGUCGAGAAAGCCAGUAUUUUAAGUUUUGUUAAGCUGCGUCAUUUGGAAGUGGAUGAAGACUUUAGUCUUCAAGGUGAAACCUUGCAAAAUGCUAUUAAAGAAGACAAAGCUCUUGGACUUAUUCCAUUUUAUGUUUGUGCUACACUUGGAACAACGUCAUGCUGUUCAUUUGAUCAUUUAAAAUCUAUUGGGAAAGUUUGUCGUGAAAACAGUAUUUGGUUACACAUUGACGGUUCGUACGCAGGAAAUGCGUUUAUUUGUCCAGAAUUUAGACACUAUUUAGACGGAGUUGAAGAUGCAUGGUCAUUCAAUAUAAAUCCAAACAAGUGGAUGUUAGUAGGCUAUGACUGUAGCCUUAUGUGGGUACGCAGUACGAAAGCUUUAACGGAAUGUAUGGUUGUCGAUCCAAUAUAUCUGCAAUAUGAACAUGCUGUUAAAGCAGUUGACUUUCGGCAUUGGGGCAUCCCAUUAAGUCGAAGAUUCAGAGCGCUUAAAUUAUGGUUUGUAAUUCGAAUAUACGGUGCUUCAGGUUUGAGAAAAUACAUUAGAACGUUCAGUGAAACACCAGUCAAUAUUAUUCCGUCUUUCGAAUGUGAGUGGAUCCUUUCAACAGAAUUUUAUGAGGAUCCCUUAGAGUUUAGUUCUAGAAAUCACUCAUGA